AGCGGCAUCCUCUGCGCUCCUGAUAACAGUCGCUAUCGCUCUCAUUCAUAGCGUGGUCUCUUCGCGCCGAAACACUGGCUGACCAACCAGUCUGUUUAAGCUACCGUUAACCGACACAUUGCAAAUAAUUAUUCAACUAUAGGAGGCGAGUGAAGAUAUUAACCUUUUUUCUGUCCAACACCAACAACUACGCAGAAGGACACAUCAUCAUCUUCAUCAUCUAGCUAACGAUGAAGUUGAGGUGGGACUGGACGUGUCUCUUGUUAUUAUCCAUCUCCAUAAUAACAUGGGCCCAGGUCGAAGAGCUGGAUGAUGAUGAAGAGGCUCAAGUGGAGGAUGGAGAUGUGGACAUGGAGAUGGACAGCAGCGAGAACACUGAAGCAGAUGACAAUGUGUCUUUUCAGGUAACAUACAAAACCCCAGUCCCAACAGGAGAGGUCUUCUUCACUGAAACAUUUGAUGAUGGUUCUUUGAACAGGUGGCAGGUGUCUAAAACAAUGAAGGAGGAUGCUGAUGAAGAUAUUGCAAAAUAUGAUGGUAAAUGGGAGGUUGAGCCCCUAAAGGAAAACAAGGUUCCUGGUGAUCUAGGCUUGGUGCUUAAAUCUCGUGCUAAGCACCAUGCAAUCGCGGCUUUGCUUAACCAACCCUUCGUCUUUAAGGACAAGCCCCUCAUUGUCCAGUAUGAGGUCAAUUUUCAAGAUGGAAUUGACUGUGGUGGUGCUUACAUCAAGCUACUGUCGGAUUCAAAGGAUUUGGACCUGGAGCAGUUUAAUGACCGGACAGCGUACAGCAUAAUGUUUGGACCGGACAAAUGUGGAGAGGACUACAAACUGCACUUCAUCUUCAAGCAUAAAAGCCCCCUCAAUGGAGAUACGGAAGAAAAACAUGCUAAGCGACCUGACGUUGAUCUGAAGAAGAUCUACACCGAUAAGAAGACUCACCUCUAUACACUUGUGUUAAAUCCAGAUAAUAGCUAUGAGAUCUUUGUAGACCAGUCCAGUGUUAGCAGGGGAAGUCUGUUGACAGAUGUCAUUCCCCCUGUGAACCCGCCUAAAGAGAUUGACGAUCCCAAAGACUCCAAGCCAGAGGACUGGGACGAGAGAGCUAAAAUCCCUGACCCAGAAGCAGUCAAACCUGAAGACUGGGAUGAGGAUACCCCAGCUAAAGUGCCUGAUCCUGAUGUAGUGAAGCCUGAUGGGUGGCUAGACGAUGAGCCAGAGUUUGUGUCUGAUCCAGCUGCUGAAAAGCCUGAUGACUGGGAUGAGGAAAUGGAUGGAGAAUGGGAGGCUCCUCAGGUGCCAAACCCAGUCUGUACAACUGCUCCAGGCUGUGGUGAAUGGAAACCGCCCAUGGUCAAUAAUCCUCAAUAUAAGGGCAAAUGGAAAGCUCCUCUCAUAGACAACACCAACUACCAGGGUGUGUGGAGUCCACGGAAAAUCCCAAACCCUGACUACUUUGAGGACCUUCACCCAUUUAGGAUGGCGUCAUUCAGAGCUGUGGGUCUGGAGCUGUGGUCUAUGACCUCGGACAUUUACUUUGACAAUUUCAUUAUAACAGCAGAGAAGGAGGUGGCAGACCGCUGGGCUGCAGACAGCUGGGGACUCAAAAAACUAGUGGCCAGUGCUAAUGAGCCUGGAGUGUUGAGUCAGUUGGUGCUGGCUGCAGAAGAGAGGCCCUGGCUGUGGGUGGUUUAUAUCCUGACUGUUGGUCUGCCUGUCGGACUGGUUGUGCUUUUCUGCUGGCCUAAGAAGUCAGAUGACGACUUAGUAUACAAGAAAAUGGACCAACCCAAAGCUGAACCAGAGGAGGUAACAGAGGAAGAAGAGGAGGAGAAAGGAAAGGAUGAAGAAGAAGAAGCAAAAGCAGAUGCAGCUACUGAAGCUACUGGGAAGGAUGAGAUGGAGAAGGUGGAUGGAGAAGCUGGAGGAGAUACAGAAGAGGAUGAGGAAGAGGAGGAGGAGGAAGCCAGUAAGCCAAAUGACAUGCUUUCAGAGGACGAAAUGAAGGAUGCUGGUAAAGGAAACCAAAGCACAGGAGAUGAACCUAAAGCUGUGAGAAAGAGGAGAGUACGGAAGGACUGAACAUACCUCGUUUUACCCACAUUUUCUCUUCCCUCUUGUCCUUCUUGCCUCUUUCGGCUUUAUGCCC